CGGUGGCCGGUGCGGCUCUUCGAAAUUGUCCAGCGCGGUUCUGCAUCAUCGAAGAACUGUGGGGCGUCUCUUAUUCGAGCAGGCUGCAAAUCCCCCGGGCACACCGGAAAGAAAAAAAAACUAGCCACAUCCGAGAAGAGGCAGCGAACGCACCAGCACGAUGUCGUGGGCCCAAAUCACCAUGCAGGCUAGCAGCUCCGAGGAAGACAUGAACGCCAUGCAAGCACAUAGGCCUAGACAGAACACGGACAGGAGGCCGAUCAUCAUGAUCGCAUCGCCGCAUCCCACCGUGCUCACGGGCAACUAUGACAGCCAGGUUCAGAUGGGCGCUUCCCUGAUGCCGCCGCCACCCGGAAGCCCCUUGCACUCGACGUCAUCUGCCACUAUGUUCAUGACGGGCUCUUCUGCGCCACCAACUAACAUACCAGUCCAGCCGACACCCUCGGGAAACCUGGUACUGACCGCCGACAUCCAGAUGACGUCACCGAGCACCACGCUUCUGCAAAGCUUUCCGGCGGGCUCGAAAGUCCAAGGACGCAUGUCUCCCACAACCCAGCGGAGUCCAUCACCGUCGAGAAAGGGCAGCGGCUUCGCCUUGUUCCACGCUGAUAUGGAGAGCCAAGAUUCGAAUUCGAGAAGCAGCGGGAGCCUGACAGCCUUGGGAAUCGCGGACUUCAACGGUACCCAAACUCAGACGAAAAAGAAAAGCAGGAGGCGUUCCAGCGGAAGCGUGAAGCGGAGGAGCAGCAGACAGGACGACGCGCUCGCAAAAGCCUUUGUGGAAGCACUUUCGAAAGCGUGCACGCCGGCGGGGUCACCUUCGGCCAGCUCGCUCGCAAGCUCUCGCAGUGGAAGUGCGACCAGCUUAAACCAGCUGCUGGGAACCGGAGCGACAAGGCGACCCAGCAAGAAGCAGAUGAGGACACAGGCGACCAGGAGGCGAAGCAGCCUGCGUGGAAACCAGCGAAGGGCAAGUCACACCGACGACGCGCUUGCCCAGGCCCUCGUGGCCUCUAUAGCUGGCACGUCUUCGCCGACGGCAGGUGGCCUCGGUGCUACGCCGUCGCUGACGGCAGUCCUGAGUUCCACCUCGACGGGCGCGCUUUCGCCGCUUAGUCCGCCGCAGCAGGGAGCUGGACAGAUGAACCUCGUGCUCAACCUCCCGAACAACCCGGAUCCCGCGCUCAACACACUCACGUUCACCAUCUUCCAAGAUCCGAAUGCAGCCAGAAGGCGAUGA